CCGCCACCAAUGAACGGAAUCUAUUGUUCUAGACGGCUGAGGGACUGAGCCUCAAGUUUGCAGCUGUGCGCUGCAUGUCGGUUUAAAUGCGGACCUGGACCCUCAGCCUGAGAAGAGUUGGAGGGGUUCAGCCUUGCGACCCAAUUCCCUCAUUGCGGCCGAGGAAUAUCUUAACCUUCGCAGAUUCGAAUGUUCAACGAAGCUAUAUUGUGAAGUCUCGGUCAAGAUGGCAUCUAUGAUACGAUGGAUCGAAAGCGCGACCUUCUUCGGCCGUCCCCAAGCGAUCAAACGACAGUCGGACAACAUGACAUGCACCGAAGCAGAAGACACUCCCGAAUUUUCGUCUGCGUUCAGCUCGUGUAGAGAGCAAGCUGCCGGCGCUUGCGCGACACCGGACAUUGGGGUGACCUGGACCGGCGAUGCGUGCGUCUGCGCAACGUUGGCGGAUUACGAUCUAUCCUUCUCGGCAUGCAUAUUUGAUACCCCUUAUUCAGAAUGCAUCGAUCCUAAUAACGACUUGACCAUGGCCGGGUGGUCCUCGGAGCAUUGCACAACGACCGAGCCAGAAUCAAGCGCAUCCUCAAGCUCAUCCAUCCCGUCCUCGAGUUCUAGCAGCAGUUCUGAUCCCCCAGUCUCCUCUAUCACAACACCGGAGCCUGAGCCCUCUACAACUCCACAGUCCGAAUCGGAGCCUAGGUCAGAGCCGCCGAAGUCGACGAAUCCUCCCAGUGAAACUUCUGAGGAGCCCUCCGAGACCCCAAUGAGCACCCCAAGCUCGGUCCCAAAGCCUAGCCUGAUACCUGUUACUGUAGCACCCAGGGUCUCCGUACAGGCCACAGGUGCACCAACCCCGACUUCAUCAUCAACCCAUAGUCCUCUACCUAGGUGGAGCGGUACAGGGGAUCUCCUCCAAGGCUAUUGUAGCACGCCUGAGUACACGCUUCUUGAUGGGCCAACGGCCUAUUGGGCGCCGGUCAUUGGUUGCAUAAGUGAUCGGCCUGAUUGCUGUCCAUUCGAUAUUCCCCCCACGACGGUUGUUGGUGCAACUGGCACGGUUCCAGCCACAGUUACAAUCGCCAUCCCAGCAUCUGGAGCUUCCACGACUCCAGCUGUGAGCGAUGGUAAUGUCGGGUUUCCGAGUGCUUUGUCGCCAGCGCAGGCUACCCUCGAACGAUGUCCUGACGACUACUUCUCUAUCAGUAGUGGCUGCUGUCCCUCGAACUACUUCCCCUGGAGCACUGCGUUUGGCGGCCAAACGCCUUGCUACUCCACAGUUCCGACUGCCAUGACGCCUCCACCUAUUCCUGACUCGUUGAUUGCGACCGGAACCGCGACCGCGAAUCCUACCUCCGCGAUUGUUAAUGUCGUAUACGCAAUGCAGUAUCCCGUCAAGGCUGAGCCCAAACCCGCGCUUACCACCAACGCUAAAAUCGGCGUUGGAGCUGGCGCGGGCGGAGCGGCACUUGUUUUCGGUAUACUCAUAUGGCUUUUGAUCUGGAAACACAGGGCGCAUAAGCGGGACAAAGACGCUCUGAAAAGCUUAAGCGGCAUGGGUUCGACGCGACAAAGCGUGGCCGCCAGCAGCGCCGUAGGCGGAGUCCAAGAAUGGAGAAAGAAUGUGCCUGCUUCCCCUAACGGAAGCCGGUUCUACGAGGGGCUUGAAACCAUACCCGAGCCACAACCCACGCUUCCCAAUGUAGGCAUGGCCCAAUAUCCGGCAGACUGGCGCCCAGGACAGCGAACCAUCUCUCCUCCUCUCCCAGGUACCUUCGUCCACAACGGCAUUCCCAGUCCACCCAUCCCUGAAGGCUACUCUGAAGCAGACAGCCAGCAGACAAUGGUCGACAGACGGUACUCAAAUAAUAACACGCCUGGUGUCGGAAGCGAUGGAGGCUAUUCGACGGCUAAUAGAAGUGAGCUGCAGAGCGGAGAGUAUCCGUUCCCUAGGCAGGAGUUGCAAGGUGUGCCGGAGGAACAGCACGGUUGGGCGCAGGGUAGUGGGCAGAGUGGGUAUCAGAAUGGGGUUGGAGAGCCUUGGAGACCGCAGCAAGCUGUGCCGGGGCAGCAGACGAGGUAUUAUGAGGCGCCUGCUGGGAGGAUGACGCCGAGGGUGGGGUGAGGGUAGCUAUAUUGGUUUUG